UAAUGUGCUGAAAAAUGAAAAUGGCCUCGCCUUCUUCAUUUUCGAAGGCCAUUUUGGCUUUGGCUUGCGCUGUGCUCCUCGUCGGCGGCACAAGCGCUCAACUUUCGACCUUCUAUUACGGCGAAACUUGCCCCGUACUGUUCCCGACAGUGAAGCUGAUCGUGCAGGCGGCGAUUGCCCAAGAGGCCCGCAUGGGCGCCUCGCUCCUGCGCUUGUUUUUCCACGAUUGCUUCGUCAAUGGUUGCGACGGAUCGAACCUCUUGGAUGACACGCCAACUUUCACCGGAGAGAAAAACGCGGCCCCUAACAGAAAUUCCCUGCGAGGGUUCAACGUGGUGGACCAGAUUAAGUCCGCGGUGGAGCUAGUGUGCCCUGGCGUCGUCUCGUGUGCUGAUUUGCUGGCGAUUAUCGCCCGAGACGCCGUUGCAACACUGGGAGGGCCAGGGUGGGAUGUGAAGCUGGGACGGAGAGAUGCGAGGACGGCGAGCCAAGCGGCAGCUAACAACAACAUUCCUCCUCCAACUUCUGACCUCGACGCUCUCCUUUCAAGCUUCCAAAAUCACGGCCUUUCUCAAAAGGACCUCGUCGCUCUAUACGGAGCUCACACAAUUGGACAAGCGAGGUGCAUAAACUUCCGGGCCAGGAUCUACAACGAGAGCAACAUCGACGGCUCAUUUGCCGUAACAAUGAAAAGCAACUGCCCGAGCGUCUCCGGUGUCGGCGACAACAACCUGGCCGGGCUCGACUUCCAGAGCGCGACAUCAUUCGACAACACCUACUUCGUCAACCUCAUGGAGAAAAGAGGCCUCCUCCACUCCGACCAACAGCUCUUCAACGGCGGGUCCACCGACUCCCUCGUCAGCGCUUACGCGGUAAGCCAAGGCACCUUCUUCCAGGACUUUGUGGCCGCCAUGAUCAAUAUGGGCGACAUCGAGCCCCUCACCGGAUCCAACGGUGAGAUCAGGAAGAACUGUAGGAGGAUCAAUUAAUUGUUCGUGAAUUUGAUGUCUACGAUGCUCGUUUAUGUGGAGUUUCGAUAAUAAAAUUCUAUCGGAUCGACCUCUAUUUU